AUGGGCAUGUCUAAAUGCUACUCGUUAAUGAAAUGUUUGCUGAUAUUUUUCAACAUAAUAUUUCUCGUCGUGGGAUUAGCUGCAUGUGCAUUUGCUGGCUGGGCAUUAUGGGACGGGCGCGCCUCUGAAACCGGAGCUGGUCGUGCGGGUCUUUGUGCUCUUGCGGUGUGGGCUGCUGUACUUACCUUAGGUGCUACUGCUGCUCUCGCAGGCGCGGUGCGCGGGUCGGCGUCGCUGCUGGCGGCGGCCUUCGCGCUGCUCGCGCUCAGCGCCGUGGCCGAGGCGGCCGCGGCCUGGUGGGGCGCCGCGCACGCGCCGCAGCUAGAACAGGCGCUGCGCGAGCGGCUGCGCUACACCGUGCUGCACGAGUACGGCGUGGUGCCGGCGCGCACGCACAUGCUCGACGCCAUACAGCACGGGCUGGAGUGCUGCGGCGCGGAGAGCGCGCGCGACUGGCAGCAGGCGGCGUGGGCGCGCGGCGGCGGCGACGGCGGCGCGCUCGACCUCAGCGUGCGCGCGCCGCCGCAGCACUACUGGGUGCCGGCGUCGUGCUGCGUGGCGGCGGCGGGGGAGGGGGAGGGGUGCGAGGCGGCGCGGCGCGUGGCGGCGGGCGCGGGCGGCGGCGCGGGGCUGCACGCGGCGGGCUGCGGGCGGCGCGCGCUGGCGGCGCUGCGCGCGGGCGCGCGCGGGCCGCUGGCGGCGGCGGGCGCGCUGCUGGCGGCGCACGCGGCCGCGCUGCUGCUGGCGCUGGCGCUGUGCCUGCGCGCGCGCCCGCACCACGGGUACAAGGCC